AGAGUGAUAUUCAUGAUAAGUUUUGAUAGAACAUUAAAUCUUUUUUUGUUGUUGAGAGUUUUAUGGAUGUUGUUAUUGUCUUCAGCAAUCAUAAGAUUCAACUAGGAAAGCCGUCUGCCUGUUUCCUUUUUAAAAAUUUUAAAUUAUAAAAUGCCUGUCAAUUCUCAACUAACAUUUCAAAUAUUGUGAAUUUUAUAUUUUAGCAGUACUUCUAGUAGACGAAUGUGAUUUGAUUUGAUUUGAUUUGAUUUGAUACAGUCGCAAAUGUUUUUACAAUAUUGAUAUAAUCAAAUCCAAAAUGUGUUCUGAUGUAUGUAAGUGUAUCAAAAAGGCCGGUUUCUUUGUCAGAACUAUUCAAAUUUCUGAAGAUGAAAAUAUAUCAGAGAAAUCGUCCUAAAAGAAUUGGAUAGCUUUGAACAAAUAUAUAUUUUGGUAAAUGGGAAUUUUUAGUGAGGAUUUAUCCCUUCUUGAUGGUUUAAAGAAAACCCAGAGCAUAGUUCGGCAAAUGAGAGAUAUGUCCUUAGAUAAAUUAAAUGAAUGCAGACACUUAGAAGCAUCACUCAACGACAGCGAGAAAACGGAAAUAAAAUUCGAACAUUUUGAUAGGAUAAUGCCGCACAAGAAAACUCACGAAGUGACGCUCAUGUCGAAGUACGUUGAGAAACUCUGUGAAGAGCACAGCUCGAAAUUUUUGGUCGACUUAGGAAGUGGUAAAGCAUACCUAUCCCAGGUUCUGAGUUUCCUUCACAAUAUACCCGUCCUUGCAGUUGACUCUCAGGAGAUAAAUACUAUAGGAGCAGACAACAGGCAGAAGAAUCUAACCAGGACCUGGACUGCUCUGGAGAAGAGAGCCAAGGAGAGGAAGGAAGGAAGAAUUCCACCAACUAGAAAACAAAAACUUAAACUUCGAACAAAUAAGAAGCCGAUAAACAGCGAAGAAAUUGGGGUAAUUGGAGAUUUUUUGAACAUUGAUUUGACAGAUAUUUUUGAUCAGUCAGAGAAAUCUCUAGAGCAAACUGAUUCUUUAGCAAAGAGUUAUUCAGCAGAGAAGAUUGAUUCUCCAGAGAAGAUUGAUUCUUCAGAGAAAAUUGAUUCUCCAGAGAAGAUUGAUUCUCAAGAGAAGAUUGAUUAUCAAGAGAAGAUUGAUUAUCAAGAGAAGAUUGAUUCUUCAGAGAAGAUUGAUUCUUCAGAGAAGAUUGAUUCUCCAGAGAAGAUUGAUUCUCCAGAGAAGAUUGAUUCUCCAGAGAAGUUUGAUUCUCCAGAGAAGAUUGAUUCUCCAGAGAAGAUUGAUUCUCCAGAGAAGAUUGAUUCUCAAGAGAAGAUUGAUUCUCAAGAGAAGAUUGAUUCUCAAGAGAAGAUUGAUUCUCCAGAGAAGAUUGAUUCUCCAGUGAAGAUUGAUUCUCCAGAGAAGAUUGAUUCUCCAGAGAAGAUUAAUUCUUCUGAGAAGAAAGAUUCUCAGGAGAAGAAUAUUGUAAUUAUAAACCAGGCACCAGAGAAUGAGAAAGAAGAGUUAGUAAAAACGAAAAAAGAAAACUGGGUUACUCAUGACCGUAAGGGCACUAAGCCCAACGUAUAUGAGGAUAGAACGGUUAAACUUACAACUCAGUUUAUAUCUGACGGAACGGAUUUGGGAGGGAUUGUAUCAGAGCAUUUACCGGAGUUCAAGGAUAGGAUGGGGAUCAUAGGUCUUCACACCUGCGGGAACCUUACUCCCUCCUCGCUUAAGAUAUUCUUUGCUUCAGAUUCGGCUAAAUUUAUCUGCAACGUUGGAUGCUGUUAUCACGCCUUGGAGGAGGAAUUCUAUGCCAACCCUUACCUGGAGCCCGGAGUAGUCUCAACCUCUCCUCCAGGUUUCCCCGUCAGUUCCUUGCUUCGAAAGAACAAAUUCUGGUUGGGUCGAAAUGCCCGGAUACUUGCGUCUCAGCCUCUCAACAGGUUGGCGGAGAAAGGAAACCUUCCUAGUAGAUCUCUCAUAUGGAGAGCAAUUCUUCAAGUGAUUUUGAAUGAGAACGUUCCUGAUCUACGCUUCCAGGAUCACCAGGUCGGACGCAUUGCUUCAAAAUCAACAGAUUUCAUCGAUUACGUUCGUCGGGCAGUAAUCCGGUGUAAGAAACCCAUCGACCUGUCAGAUGAAAGAAUCUUGGAGUACUACAACAACUACUAUCCUAGAUAUUCUAGAAAACUAAAUUGUUUCUAUCAGUUUAGAUCCUUGUUUGCUCCGGUUAUUGAAGGAAUUAUUCUCCUGGACAGACUGCUGUUCCUACAAGAGAAAGGUUGCACUGAAUCUUGUUUUAUUAUUCGAUUGUUUGAUCCCACGGUGAGUCCCCGUUGUUACGCUCUUGUAGCAUCUAAACCUUGACAUUGCAGA